UUUGUUUUGUGACCACUUCCUCAUUUACACGUCCCACCCAGAGGGGCUGAUGUUAUAUUCGGGCCUCCCUCUUUUCAAGGCUUAUACUCUGUAAAUAAUAAAUACCACCAUGUCUGUCACAGGAGACACAAUCUCACCCAAUGAGCCGGGGAUGCCCGAGCCUCCGUCGGGCGAUUUCUUCAAUGAGACGCAAUGGGCUGUCCUGAUAGCGUUAGCAGAUGCUGUGGUUCCCUCUAUCACUCCCGAGUCUAGAGUGACGGACGAAAAAACCCAGAGGUGUCUGCCGGACCAGGAGUAUCAUGAGUUCGUCCAGGCCAACAAGGAUAAAAUUGCUGAGGCCCCAGGCGAUGAGUCCUUGCUUGAAGCAUUGCUCGAUGACCAGCCUUCAAAGCAUCCCGCAUUCCUACAUCACUGCCGACGGACACUGAGCUCCCUGCCGGGCCCUGCCAGAAUGCAGCUAGGAGGUGUCCUCUCCGCGUUGGCGACCCGGCCCGGAAGCCUCCUCCUAACCGGCCACAUGAUACCAAUCCAUGAGCAACCCAUGCAUGUCCGCGAGGCGAUACUGCAAGCCUGGCGCGACUCGUGGUUCCAGACACGGCGGCUCCUCUUCAAGUCGUUCACCCUUCUAGCCCAGAGCGCCUGGGUGACGACGAGCCCACUCUUCGGCCGGAUCAGCGGCUUCCAGGACGUGCCGCGGGAGUGGAAGGCGGGGCCGCACUUCGACUUCUCCUUCCUGCAGUUCGAGGACAACGCGUCAGAGCCGGCCGUGCUCGAGACCGACGUGGUCAUCGUCGGGUCUGGCUGCGGCGGUGGCGUCUGCGCCAAGGUGCUCGCCGAGUCCGGCCACCGCGUCGUCGUCGUCGACAAGGGCCACUACUUCCCGCCGUCGCAGCUGCCCAUGCCGCAGCACCAGGCCAUGCACCACCUGUAUGAGAACGGCGGUUUCGUGCCCUCGGCCGACGCCUCCGUCAACGCCGUCGCGGGUUCCUGCUGGGGUGGCGGCGGCACCGUCAACUGGAGCGUCGCCUUGCAGACGCAGGGCUACGUCCGCCGCGAGUGGGCCGACGACCACGGCCUGCCCUUCUUCGCCACGGCCGAGUUCCAGACCUGCCUCGACCGCGUGUGCGACUUCAUGGGGGUGGGCGGCGCGGGCGUGCGCCAGAGCCACCGGGGCCAGGCCCUGCUCGACGGGGCCAGGCGCCUCGGCUGGGACGCCAAGCCCGCGCCCCAGAACACGGGCGGCAACGACCACGACUGCGGCCACUGCCAUCUCGGAUGUGGCAGCGCCGGGAAGCAGGGCCCCGCCGUCAGCUGGCUGCCCGCCGCGUCGAGGGCCGGCGCCAAGUUCCUCGAGGGCUUCAUGGUCGACAGGGUGCUCUUCGACGAGGCGUCGGGCCGGAAGAGAGCCACCGGCGUGGUGGGCAGGUGGACGUCGAGGGACAGCGAUGGCCGUGUCAUCGGGCCGGCGGAGGGCCGCGUAACGAGAGAAGUAGUGAUAAAGGCGAAGAAGGUCAUCAUCUCAGCCGGCAGCUUGUGGAGCCCGCUGAUCUUGAAGAAGAGCGGCCUGAAGAAUCGACAUAUUGGCCAAAACCUGCAUCUUCAUCCCGUUAACUUUGUUGGCGCCUACUAUGAUGAAGAUACAAGACCAUGGGAAGGUUCGAGUAUCACGAGUCUUUGCACUAGCUUCGAGAACCUAGACGGUCGCGGCCACGGCACGAAGCUGGAGUGCAUGUGCAUGGUUCCGUAUACUUUCCUCCCGAACAAUAUCUGGCGCAGUGGCCUGGACUUCAAGAGGUCCAUUAUGCGGUACCGCCACAUGGACGGCUACAUCUCCCUCACUCGUGACCGGGACACUGGCCAGGUGUACGCCGACCCGGUGACGGGCAGGCCCUGCAUCGAAUACACCCCGUCGGCCUUUGACGCCGAGCACACGAUGGAGGGCGUCAUCGCCCUCUCUAAGAUCUGCUACAUCACCGGCGCCACCGAGAUACAGCCCUUCGUGGGGGGCGUCGAGCCGUUCAUCCGGCCGCAACAACUUCCAGAACCGGCAGUAGCAACAACAACUACAACAGCAGAGACCAAACCUGACCCCGUACACCGCCGCCGCUCCUCCUCCUCCCCCAAGGCCGGCGGCAGCGCCUCCCUCGCUGCAGACGAGAUGGACCUCGGCAUAGCCGACCCAGCCUUCACGGCGUGGCUUGCGCGCGUCCGCGCCGCGGGCAACAAGCCGCCGGGCACGCCGUUCGCGUCGGCCCACCAAAUGGGAACGUGUCGGAUGAGCAGCCACCCGGGAGCAGGGGUGGUGGGUCCGCGGGGCGCCGUCUGGGGCGCCGAGGGUCUGUUCGUCGCCGACGCUAGCGUCUUCCCCAGCGCGAGUGGGGUGAACCCUAUGGUCACUAACAUGGCGAUUGCGGAUUGGAUCGCUAGGGGGGUUGCGAGAGAGUUGGCGGAGGGGGGAUAGGGGGCUGUGUAGGAGUGGUAGCUGGACUCCAGAGGGAAAUAAGGGUUUCCUACACUUGUAAAUGCUGUCUAAUAGCCCGUUUCUUCACAAAUAUCCAUGAUCGAUUGUUGGUAUUAUCGUGCCAGAAACUUUACCACAAGGGUCCUUAUAUAGCCACCAUCUAGUAAGAGCUGCGCUUCCAGAGCACAACCUGCUGGAAGCGGGGAGUAUGUCGAAAAG